GCCGCCGGCUCGCCGACAUCCCCAGUGUGUAACCGACGGUGUGCAACGCGCUCUCUCUCUCGCCAGUGUCUCUCUCCCGGGACCGGUCGAAAUUAACGAGGCCGUCGAGCGCGAAGAAACGACGAGACCGCGUGUCGCGUUCGCCCGGAACGGCUGCUCUUCCUCCGAGUCGGCGAAUUCGCCAAGCACCUGUGAGCAGGCCGACCGUUGUGACUCGGGGAAUCUUACGGUGGCAUUUGCGCGCGCGACUCGUGCUCUCUCUCUUCGAGAGAGAGAGAGAGAGAGUCGACGACCACGUCGAGACACUUCGGAGCGGGGGAGGAUCGACGGAGCAGUCCGGCUCGUGAGAGAAGCCGCUCUCUUUCCUCGUUCGACCUGUCGCGCGCGACCGACAAGUCGGAGCCGUCGGGACGAAAGUUUCCCUCCCGUGUCUCUCCCGUCGUCUCCAGUAACGCGUUGAAGUCCUGUGCGCCGUUAAAGCCCGGGGAUUUUCGGGGCUACUCCGUCCACAGCACUCCGGCAGCAGCGCAGGAUCUGCGUGCGGCGUUCUCGGCCCGCUGACCCAAUUAGUUUUCGCACAGUCGAGCACCGAGAGCGCUCGCAACUAAGAGAGAGAGAGAUAUAUAUAUAUAUAUAGGAUACUGCCCUGUGAACGAGUCGGAAGGUACUUUCGACAAAGGGGUGCAGAUUGCAAUUCUCCGCGUGAAGAACCCUGUGGACGAACGUGUGCCCUCUCUCUGUCACACCGCGCGUCGGAAUUCGCUCGCGCGACUCACUCGCCGUGCUCCUCCCGGCGUUCUUACCCUUCCGCAGAAAAAAGUGACAGGUGGUGAAACGUACGGGUCGAUAGUGGUGUUUUCAGUGGAGUGUCGUGAGCACGCGAUUCCGUCGUAGUGAUCGUCGGAGGGUGGAAUCGCGCGGAGGAGCCGCGGAUCGCGGCGCCGGGCCACGCUGAGAAUCGCCGUGUCGAAGAUCGCUCGCGGGCGGAAGUUGAACUUUCUCGCUGGCGUUGACAGAUCGAUAACAAAGUUUGCGUACGCUAGUUUCCCCCCCGUGUCGCGGUGCUGCCGGCCGCGCGGAGUCUGCAGCGCGCGCCCUUCUUGCACCUCCACCUUCUCCUCCUUCGCUUCCUCCUUCGGUUGCUCUUCCCACGAAGACGGCGAGCGCGGAAUGCGCGCCUAAGAGAGUCCCCGAAGCGCGCUCACCUGUGCGAACCUUCAGGAUCAAUGAGUCGCUCGGCAGCGUAGCCUCGAUCAAGCCUCACCUCGGCGACCUACGGAUCCCGCUGACACGACGUGACAUGCGACGACCGUAGGGCACGACGCCUCUCGCAGCUUCCUCGGCGGCGUCCGGCGGAAAUCUGACGCCCCGGCGAUCCAACCGUCGCGGUAGCCUGUCGUUCUCCUUGCCGACCAGGGAAUACCUCGUCAGGUAUCGACGGAGGGAGGAGAAAUUACGGGAGAAGGCCGCGGGUAGCAGGGGCAGCUCCUGCCCCAGACUCGGCCUCGAGGGUACCAGCAAGUGCGCAACGGUGAAGGGCAACGGCGGAUUCGGCGAUUACUCGGCGGCGAGUGAGUUCGAGGUCUGGGGCGACGAACACCACCACCACGCUGCGGAUGGUCUAGACAGGCAGGUAGCGAGGCCGCCUUCGCGGCAGCAACGAUGCGAAGGCGGUUCUUCCCUGAGACCGUUGCUCCACGUAGCCCACUGUGAGCUCCACUCGCCGCGGGAGGCCGAGCUGCUGCGCCUCGAUCAUCUCGAGAGCCUCGAUCACAAGUCCGUCGAGCACGACGCCUACUCGAUGAUGGAUAACUUUCACAGCCCGGUGCCGCCGCCGUUACCACGACGUCACGUCCGGCUUCCGCCACCGCAACAGCAAGUGACGGUGGGUUCUCUAGGCGGCGGUUUAGGCGGCGCCGGGAAUGGCGGUACCGCGACGGUAGGCGCGCAGGGCCAGGGCAUGGUGAUGCCGGGUUUUCCACUUCGCGCUGCCGCGGUGCCGCACUACUCUCCGUACUCGCCGUCGCGUUUUCACAUCGACAAACGCUGCCAGCACAGAUGCUCCUGGAAAUGCUUCUCGAUCACGCUCAUCCUCCUGGCGGUCGCUUUAACGGCGAUGCUGGCAUACUUCGCUGCAGUGAGCUCUAUGCGUCCGAUCGAUAGUACUAACUGCAUUCAUCAUCUGGUUCAAGAUAUCAAGACUGUCACUCACGAAAACGCACACAUCCACGACUCGAUAUCUACGCAGAUACCCACAGAAGAAUCCUUACCUACGAGUACGGCGGAGCACUCGAGCGCCGCGGACAGCGCCGGCGAUCAGCAGAGCGACCCGCAGAUCCAGCAGUCCGCCCAGCAAUGGCCGGCUGUACUGGAAUUACAGGCGUACAACGUCGCGCAUACCGCCUUGAUACCGCCGUAUCACUUCUGGAACACCGAGUUUCGCAACAAGCAGCCGGCGUUCAUCCGAUUGAACCUCACGCUACCGUGGGGCGCGAACUUCGCCGUUUACGGUAGACGUAACGUCGCGCCCAGCGUCACGCAGUACGACUUCGUGGAGUUCGUGAAGGGCGGCAGAGUCGUCCAUAGGCUGAAGAGGGACGCGACCGCGGAAGCCGUCAGCUUUAUGAAGUCCACCAGCGGCGACUCUCGCGUCGAACGCACCGCUCAAUCGCCAACGUCCUAUCAGCACGUGCUGAUCAAAAGGACCAUAGCCGAUCCGUUGAAGGUAAACGUCAGUCUGUUGCAGUACUUCGACACCGGCGACUGGUUCCUGUCCGUGUACAACGACGAGCUGCAGCCUUACAAGGUCACGUUGGUCGUAACGGAAGCCGAGGGCGUCUCCACCACGUGUCCUAACGACUGUUCCGGCCGCGGGUCCUGCUACCUCGGCAAGUGCGACUGCAUAGACGGUUAUCAGGGUGCUGAUUGCAGCAAAAGCGUGUGCCCGGUUCUGUGCUCGUCUCAUGGACAAUACGGCGGCGGUAUGUGCCAUUGCGAGGAGGGUUGGAAAGGUGCCGAGUGCGAUAUACCGCUAGGCGACUGCCAAGUACCCGACUGCAAUCGGCAUGGCCAGUGCGUCAGAGGAUCCUGUGUCUGUAAUCCAGGCUGGAAAGGCGCCUUCUGCGACGAGCCCGACUGUUCCGAUCCGAACUGCAGCGGCCACGGCGCCUGUGUCUCCGGCAAGUGUUACUGCAAGGCGGGCUGGCAAGGCGAACGGUGCAAUCAGGUGGAUCAGCAGGUGUACCAAUGUCUGCCGGGCUGCUCCGAUCACGGCACGUACGAUCUCGAGUCGGCGGCCUGCGUUUGCGAGGAACAUUGGACCGGGGUUGAUUGUUCGCAGCCGAGCUGCGGCCUGGACUGCGGACUUCACGGAUCCUGCGAGCAGGGUCGUUGCAAAUGCCAUGACGACUGGACCGGGACGAAGUGUGAUCAAAAGCCGUGCGACACGCGCUGCGCUGAGCACGGCCAGUGUAAAAACGGGACCUGCGUGUGCAGUCAAGGAUGGAACGGCAGACAUUGCACAUUACCUGGAUGCGAAAAUGGAUGCAGCCGCCACGGACUGUGCACUUUGCAGGACGGCGAGUACAGUUGCGAAUGCUCCACCGGAUGGGCCGGUAGAGAUUGUAGCAUACUGCUUGAGAUGGAAUGUAACGAUUACGUCGAUAACGACGAAGAUGGCAUGAUGGACUGUUCCGACAGCGAGUGCUGCUCGCACGACGCUUGUGUGGAACACAUCAUGUGCCUCGCUAGCAACAACCCCGUGGACGUUCUGCUGCGGAAGCAACCGCCCAGUGUCACUGCGUCCUUCUACCAGCGGGUGAAGUUCCUCGUCGAGGAGAAUAGCGUACAGAGCUACGCCCACAUGGACGAGUAUACGGAAAGUACGUUCUGGAGUUCCUUUACACCGCGUCGAGUUGCGGUGAUGCGAGGCCAAGUUGUUACCGAACAAGGACUUGGAAUAGUAGGCAUCCGGGUGUCCGUGGACAGAGAUUCGCGCUUUGGAUUCACCCUGACCAGAGCCGACGGAUGGUUCGACGUCCUGGUCAACGGUGGAGGCGCUGUGACGCUUCAAUUCCAGCGCAGCCCCUUCAUACCUCUUACGAGGACCGUCUUCGUACCGUGGAACCAGAUCGUCGUUCUGCCGCCCGUUGUGAUGACUCUCAGCAAGGAAGGCGAGUUGUACAAAUCCAACCAGCCGCCGAGUCCGGCAGUGGGCUUCCCAGGAAUUUCGAUGGGACUAUUUAGCGAGCAUGGACCGUGCUUGGAACACGACCACGAAGUACUACGGCCCGUCAUCGUCAGCACGUGGAUGCCGGAGAAAGUCGGCGGUUUGCCUGGGAAGAGUUUAGUCUUUGCUGAAAGCCAGAUCGUGCAGGAAAGCAUCGCUAUUCCGGGCUCGAACCUCCACUUGAUGUAUCAAAGCAGCCAGGCUGCGGGCUACCUCUCUACCGUGAGAAUGCAACUGACUGGGCCGUUCAUUCCGAAAUCGCUGACGCACGUACACGUGCACGUGGAGAUCGAGGGCUCGCUUCACACGAAAACGUACGAGGCCGAUCCGAAUCUGACGCACACGUUCGCGUGGAACAAGAGGAACGUUUAUAAGCAGAAGGUGUACGGUGUGGCACAGGCGAGGAUCUCGAUCGGCUACCAGCAUUCCACUUGCCCGUCGGUGAUAUGGGAGACUCAGACGGCCACUUUGCAAGGAUUCGACGUUGAUAUCUCCGACAUAGGCGGCUGGGGACUCGAUAUCCAUCACCAUUACAACUUCCACGAGGGGAUUCUGCAGAAAGGCGAUGGCUCGACUCUCCACUUCAAACAGUAUCCGCGCACCGUCAAGGUGGUGAUGGGUACCGGCUUGCAGAGAAGCUUGGUGUGUCAGAAUUGCGACGGCCUCGCGAAGGACGCCCGACUUCUGACCCCGGUGGCGCUCACCAGCGGGCCCGACGGCAGUAUUUACGUCGGGGACUUCAACCUUGUACGGCGGAUUACCCCCGAAGGAAAGGUCUAUACCGUCCUGAUCCUGAGCGCGACUCAAGUGGCGUAUCAGUACUACUUGUGCAUCUCGCCGGCUGACGGGCACUUGUACAUCAGCGAUCCGGAGAAGCAUCAAAUAUUGAAGGCCCUCUCAUUGGAACAAGUCCAAGAUCCCAGCAUCAAUAUCGAGUCCGUCGUUGGAAGUGGUGAGCGAUGCAUUCCAGGCGACGAAGGUCACUGCGGCGACGAAGGUCCGGCUAUUCAUGCGAAAUUGGCUCAUCCCAAAGGAAUCGCGAUCGCGGCCGACAAGACGAUGUACAUCGCCGAUGGGACCAACAUCCGCGCGGUCGAUCCACGAGGUAUCAUACACACGCUCGUGGGACAUCACGGUCACCACAAUCACUGGUCACCCGCGCCCUGCACCGGCGCCAUUCCGGCGCACCAGGCCCAGUUACAGUGGCCGACCGGACUAACCCUGAGCCCGCUGGACGGAUCUCUGCAUUUCAUCGACGACAGGCUGGUCUUAAAGCUCACCAGCGACCUGAAAGUGCGUGUAGUUGCCGGCACGCCCCUUCAUUGCACCAGUAAUGCUAACAGCAACAGCAACGGCAACGGGGAGCUGCCCAAGUUGAACUCAUCGAUGACGAUCAACUCGAAGAAGUCGGACGAGGUGCUCGGCUCGGUGCUAGCCGUCGGUUUCAGUCCCACCGGCGAGCUCUACAUAGCCGAUCGCGACUCCCACCGGGUGAAUUCCAUCAGAAUCGUCGACUCGUCCGGCAAAAUGUCGCACUUCGCCGGCCAGCAGCAAGAGAGAUUGCGCGGUCAGUGCGAGUGCAACAACACGACGCCCAGCACCAAAGACAUGGACGCGUGCGCCUGUACAGACGACAUCAGCAGCACCGAGACACUUCUGUCGUCAAACGCCAAGUUCACCGCGAUAUCCGCCUUGGCGGUCUCGCCCGACGGGGUGUUGCACGUGGCCGAUCAGGGCAGUCUUCACAUCCUGGCGCUGCAGCCGUACCUGCCGAAUCACGACGAGAGCGGGGAGUUUCAUAUUCCGUUUCCACCGUCGAACGAGAUCUACGUGUUCAAUCGUUACGGCCAACAUAUCUCCACGAAGGACCUGACGUCCGGCAAGACUCGCUACUCUUUCUUGUACAGCAAGAACACGAGCUUCGGCAAGCUGUCCACGGUGACGGAUAGCGCGGGCAAUAAGAUCCAGUUCUUGCGGGACUACAGCAGCGUCGUCAGCUCUAUCGAGAACACUCAGGACCACAAGUCCGAGCUGAAGAUCUCCGCGGUCGGAUUCCUGGAGAAAUUAUCCGAACGCGGUAGGGCCGAGAUCGCUUUGGGCUACGACGGCUCGACCGGUUUGCUUACCAGUCGAUCUGGGGGAGAUGAAACGUACAUAUACAACUACGACAGCUUGGGACGCGUCACCGACGUAAUAUUGCCAACGGGCGAGAAAUUGAAGUUAUCAUCGGAUCUGUCGGACGACGAAGAUCUGUCGGUUAAAGUGUCCGCUCCGUUGCAGGCUUUAUCGAAGGGUGACAAGCAACGAUUCGUGGAAUUCAAGAUGAAAAAUGAGAAGUCAAAAAUGUUGACGAUCACUGACGGCACGAAGCUGAUGAAAGCGAUCGCGUUUACAAACAGCAGCCUGGAAGCCUUUCUGCCCGGUGGCGGUCGAGUGCUGAGCGCCGCCACGACCAAGCAUCCACUGUUGGAAGUGUCGUUGCCGGUGGAGGCGGAGAUGCUGCCUAUGUGGAGUUACCAGUUGAUAUCGCUCGGUGAAUUAACGAACACCAUGACAACGACGUACAAUCUGGUCGGGGACGUGAGUCACUUCCAGCAGACCCUCAACCGAGAGAUCUGGGUGAACGACACGAGGGUGAUAAGCGUCGAGUUCGAGCAGGCGUUCAGCCGCGAGACGUUCUACGACAAAACGGGCACACCCCUGUUAACGGUGACCUUCGAUCUGGCGGGUCUGCCGUUAGUCUGGCAGCCGCACGAGCAAGGCCACAAUCUCACCGUAACGUACGAUCGGUUCAACAGGAUCGAGAGCUGGAAAUGGGGCAUAUCCGACGAGUCCUACGGCUACGAUCGGCACGGCCAAUUGGCGGAGGUCACCAACAGCAAAGACGGCACGAAGCGAUACACCUACAACGACUUCAACAUGCUGUCGAAGAUCACGCUCGCUAGCAACAGAGAGUUCUCCCUGCAGUACGACGACGACGGUGGGCUGCGGCACAUCAUCUUACCCUCGGAGACCAAGCAUUCCUUCUCUUGCCAAGCCUCCCUCGGUUUCCUCCGAGUCACGUAUACUCCGCCCGGCAGCACCCGAGCUUAUCUGCAGCACUACAGUCACGACGGGAAUCUGCUGCAAACCGUGUUCCCGGGAGACGGGGCUCGCAUCGUCUACAGGUAUCACACAUCCGGUCAAUUGGCGGAGGUGGUGCACGGGGACGGCAAGAGCGAGAUCCGGUACACCGACAGCGGACUGCCCUCCGAGGUGAUACACUCCGAGAGGGACGUGGAGUACAAGUGGGACUACCAGUACAGCGCGGGCCUCUUGGUGGAGGAGCGCAUCGACUUCGGCGCCAAGACCGGCCUGAGCAACGCCAAGUUCACCUUCGAGUACGACUCGAACUUCCGGUUGGUCGCGGUGCAGGGCAGAAUAGGCGGGCAGACGUUACCGCCGCACACGAUGGCGUACAGCCCGAGGUCGGGCACGUUGGAGCAAGUCGGCCAGUUCAAGGUUACGCGGCCGCAGCCGAACGAGACCACCGUGUUCGACGGGACCGCGCUGUUCUCGCGCACCACGGACGACAGGUUCCUGGAGACCGAGGUCACCGUGACCAUCCACCGGAUGCAGGUGUUCCGGAUGACGUUCACGCACGACUCGCGCGGCCGCAUCAAUCAGACGAGGACGUACACCCGCAACGUCGCCGUCAACACGUACACCAAUGUGAAGAACUACACGUGGGACUGCGACGGUCAGCUGACCGGCGUGGAGGCGCAGGAGCCGUGGAGCUUCAAGUACGACGCGAACGGCAACAUGCUGUCGCUCACUUAUCGCGGUAACACGAUCCCGAUGGAGUACAACAGUAUGGACCGGAUAGUCAAGUUCGGCGACGGCCUCUACAAGUACGACAACCGGGGUCUGGUGGUGCAGAACGCGCGGGAGGAGCGAUUCAAUUACAACGCCAAGGGUCUGCUCGUGCGCGCCACCAAGCGCGGCCGCUUCGACGUGCGAUACUAUUACGAUCAUCUGGAUCGCCUGGCCACCAGGAAGGACAAUUACGGCAACGUCACGCAAUUCUUCUAUAACAACCAGAAGCGGCCGCACGAGGUCAGCCAGAUAUACAGCCCGCGCGACGGUAAACUGAUGUCGCUGGUGUACGACGACAGGGGGCAUCUGAUAUUCGCACAGGUGUACCGUCACAAGUACUACAUCGCCACCGAUCAGUGCGGCACGCCCAUCAUGAUCUUCAAUCAAUACGGAGAGGGUAUCAGGGAGAUCAUGCGCUCGCCCUAUGGCCACAUCGUUUACGAUUCCAACCCCUACUUGUAUCUGCCGGUCGAUUUCUGCGGCGGACUCUUGGACCAGGUGACGUCUUUGGUUCACAUGAGAAACGGAAAGGUUUACGACCCACUGAUCGGCCAAUGGAUGUCGCCACUCUGGGAGAACGUCCUGGACAGGGUGGACAAGCCAACGCACUUACAUCUUUACAGAUUCAACGGGAACGAUCCGAUCAACGUCAGGCAUACGGAUAGGUCGAGUCAACCGACAGAUCACAUAUCAUGGCUGUCGCAUCUCGGAUACGACUUGAAGAGCUUAGCGCCGCAGUUGUUCCCGGACGAGCUGCCGGACAGUCUGGUGCCACCGGCGCUCGGCCCGGGCACUUCCAUAUUCGGCAAGAAGAAACGAAUGCGCAACCUGAGCGUUCAGUCCGGCUUCCUCGCGCACAUCGCCCAGAGGCAUUCCGGCGACGCCGUCAGCCUGUCCGCGCCGCCGCGAUCGGCGCUGAAGAAGGACACCAGCGAGCUGAUACCGAAUCGGCUGGGCGCCGCGUCCGACCCGCCGUUUGGCAAAGGCAUCCUGGUCUCGAGGACGGCGGACGGCCAGGCGGUGGUGUCCAGCGUGCCGACUGCCAACGCCAUCUAUGGCGAUGUGUUCACGUCGGUGUUCAAUCGCUCGUACUUCCUGCCGUUCACGUUCGUCGUGCACAGCGCGCAGCAGGACGCUUUUUACUUCGUGAAGGAGGAGACGUGGCGGGCGAGCGAGGACCGCGGCCAGUUGAAGCGGCUGGGCGGCCAAGUGAACACGACCUUCCACGAGAACGAGAACGGCAGCGGUAGCGGCGGCGGCUCGCUGAUCGACGUGAAGAUACAUGGCGCCAGUUACGUGGUGAACCUGCGUUACGGCACCACGGCGGAGAAGGAGAAGCAGCGGCUGUUGCAUCAUGCGAAAACCAGCGCCGUGAGGAAGGCCUGGCACCGGGAGCGCGAGGCCCUCAAAGCGAACAUACCCACGUCGGUGGAGUGGAUGGCCACCGAGCAGGACGAGAUACAGAAGAACGGUGUCGCGAGCAACUACGACGGCGAGUACAUACAUGACGUGCAACAGUACCCCGAACUCGCCGAGGAUCCCUACAACAUCAGGUUCGCGAAGAAAGCGGUCGACCAGUCGAGCAAGAAGCGACGCAGAAGGAGAGGUGCGCCGUCCUGUAAGCUCUGGUGGUUGGACAAGAUGUGCUAGAAACGUUGUUCACACCGUCGGCACGCCGAGUCGUACGUACCGUCCCCUUCGCGUGGGGACAUUGUCCAGUCCGAGGCCGCGCAGACUUUCGAUUAGGCGACGAAGCAACCGAAGCAACGAGAGCGAGAGAGAAUACGGCUGAGAAAGAAAGGAAGGGGUGGGUGGUGGUGGUGAAGGUCGAUGCCGCUGCAGAGUACGACGCGCAGCGUGUCUCUCUGUAUAUAUGCGUACGUACGCAUAUAUAUAUUAUAAACGUACUGAAUACUAUCAAAAAGUUUUAUACCAAAGUCUAUUUGUGUAUUUCAAAGAUGCCAAAAAACACUAUAACGUUAUUAUAUAUAUCUAUGUGUAUGUGUGUGUGUAUGUAAUGUAUAUGUGCAUCCACACAUAUAUAUAUAUACAUAUAUAUUAUAAAUAUAUAUACACCGCGAGAAAUAGGGUAUAGUGUGUAAGAACGUUGAAACACGCGGAAGAACGCGGGUUCUACCGAGCAUCGACUCCACGGACCAGCUGUGCGACCGAAACGCGAUUGGCAGAUCCGCGAAAGCCUUAUAGCGACAGAGAGAGAGAGAGAGAGAGAGAGAAAGAGAGGGAUAGAGCGAGUGAGAGGAAGAGAGAAAGAGAGAAGAAGAAAGGGAGGAUGAGGUCGGGAAUAGUGUGUAUCAUCCGAUCUCGCGACUACGAACGUGGAAGGGGAGAUAGCGACAUUGCGAGAUCUCGGAGAUCCGACGUGACGUUGACGCAGCUGGAGUUCUUCUUCGCCGGCUCGCCGGAUUCGGAUGCAAUUCGAAUACAAUGGGAAUACGUUCGCGCAAGGCCGGCAAGCUCGUCGAGCUUGCGCUCGAGGCCUAAACAAACGGCGGACCGUAGUUACGCACGCGCAACGGUACGUCGCAUUAAUACAAGAUAACUAUAGAUACUAUAUAUCUACUAUCGCAGAAAAAAAGAAAAAAAACGAGAGAAAUAAGCGAAGGAGCAGAGGGAGGGAAGAGGAAAUCGGGCAACCGCGCGGCCAUUCGUCGUUGAGGGCGAAUCGAGAGUGAGAGAAACUAGUCAAUACAUAGCUUUACAUUGACGUAGCAAACUUUUUCGUGAUAGGGUAAAGAUGAUGCGAGGCGAGAGUGUGCGAACCGAAAGAAACCGAUGUUGUUCGUAAAUGUUACGUAAUGAUGUGGUGGACGCUACGCAUGUGUUCGCUCGACCGGCCCCGUUGAUCCGCGCGACACCUCAACGUCGUACUUAGAUGUUCGCAAAUAUCGACGUUGGUAACGUGUAACGGUGGACACCGAUCACCCGAGAGCGAAUGCGGAACGCGUCUCAACAAUGAAUGGCCCCGAGAGAGAGAGAGAGAGAAAGAGAGAGAGAGAGAGAGAAAAAGAUGAAGAAAAACGCGGAAUCGAAGCUGGAGCGGUGUCUCCUCUCGAUGUCCUCGAAGAAGAGCAGCGAUCGUGCGGACUCGAUCGUGCGGUCUCGAGCUUGAAUUCCGUUCGCGGCUUAGGCAGUUAAGGACGAGAUAAAUUUGUAUUAUAAAGUGGUGCUUUUCUUGUACGAGCGAACGAGCAGCUGAUGAUCGAGCGAGCGAAAGAGAGAGAGAGAGAGAGAGAGAAUUGUUGGAAUGAUGAUUGCUACAAUGGGCGUGCAUGAAGAUAUGGAAUACCGAAUAGCGAGACUAAACAUAUUUUUAACAUGUGGAUGUGUCCUACCUGUAGCAUAAGCGUUCCCGAUCGUCGUCGAUCGGUAAUUAACAUUGCAUUGUGUGUGCAAGCGUGAGAGAGAGAGAGAGAGAGAGAAAUAUAGUUGCUCGGGAUCGACGGUAGGAAUCCCGUUGGUGGAAAUCGCAAAGGGAAGAGCGUAUCAGUUGAUGUCUGCGACGUAUAAGCCGAGAAACGAGGAAAAUAAUAAGAGAGAAAAUAAAGUCAUUAAAAAGUCGGUAAAAUAAUACGUAUAUAACAUUAUCGCAUAUUUGUGCUUGCUGGAUAUGAAACGUAACGAACGUUAACUAUGUUUCCUCAUCGAGAAUAACUAAAUGUGUAUCCAAAAUUAACUGUCCGCCAAGUACCGAUCGUUUCAUCACCGUAUACGCGUGCAUGUAUGUAUGUGCCGAUUGCUCGCGCGCGUGAAAUCCACACAUCGCGUCGAGGGCAUUGCCCGUUAGCAUCGAGAGCAUCCUUUUCGUUAUCUCACCUCUCGUCACCUCCGGUCAAUCCUUCCGUUUCUACUCCCUCGUCCCCCCCCCUCUCCCCCCUCCCCCUCUCCGCAAACUUCUCCGCAACGGAUCCCGAAUGUAUCUCGCGCGUGUAUUGUUUGCUCGCGUCUUCACGAGUGUUCGUAUUUGUCAUUGAUAUUUUGCAAAGCGCGGCUUUAGAGGCGACCGCCGCUUUAUGGAUAGUUAGUGGCACGAUACAUUGCUGUUUGAAUAGAUGAAGAAAAAUAAACCGUUAUUUAUAUGCUAUGUGUGUAAAAGAGGGAGUGAGUGAGAGAAAGUGAGAGAGAGAGAGAGAGAGAGAGCGAGAGAGAGAGAGAGAGAGAGAGAGAGAGACGGAGAGAAAAAAAAUGUAUAGAUAGGAAAACUUUCUAAGAUAUUUUUACUCGAGCGAGUGUUUAGACCUACACCAUUUGACAACGCGAAAAGUGUCUGAAAGGUGUCUGAGAGAUGUCUGUAAGGGAUGUCCGAAAGAUUGGCACGUCUUUUCGAUACCUGGGAUAUCGGGAGAUGUUCUUCGGGCGCCUUCGCGUUUGUUUCAGACACCACGUCUGGGUGUCUGGGCAAUUAUGAAUCGCGGUCCAAAACGAGCUCCAAUUCGAGAUACGCGCGCACUCGUGCCGACAAAGCCACCGGGGCGAUCCUUUUUGUACAUUUCUCGUUCCUAUCGCACGUAUGCGCGAAACGAUGCGUAGAUCGCGAGACCCGUUGAGAAUCCGCGCCGUUUAAUCAGCAUCUCGUGCGCGCAAUUAUCGUUAAGUUCUCUCUCGCGGACGACGGCGAAUGAAGUCGAAUCGUUGAGCUGAACUCUUUUCCAUCGAUUAUUUGACAUAACUGAAACCGUUUAAAUUGACUUCUUGCAAAAUUCAAUCGUCAAUUUGUAAAGCUUCGGCACUUCGAAUCAAUCCUUACCUAAGAAAUCAUCUUCGCUCGGGUCGCGUUGUUACCGUACGCUACGAUUAACUCCGCUUGAUGAUCGCGAUUACGACCGAAAAGUAGCAUCAGCCGACAUUUGUCGUUUCGAGAAAAAAAAAAGUGAAAUAAAAACAACAAAGGUAAUCUCAGUCCGCUUCUUAAAGGCUUUGGCUCUCGACAGGCGAGCAAAGUAAGAGUGCACAGCUUCGAGAUUCAUGAACAUCUGAACACUCACUGUCCUUCCCUGAUCAGUUAGCCCCCACCUGUCCGUUGCCUCUUACACACAUACACACGCACACAUACACGCACAAAUACAGACACACAUAUACAUUUUUGAUCUUUAACUAUAUUAUUCAUCGUUGGGCCUGAUAAUGGUGUGCAUUUAAGAUGAAUUAACUAUUUUUAAAUAUCACGUGUCAAAUUAACGAGUGGGUCGAUCAGCUGCAAUAUGUUGUGCAAAUAAAAGCGGAGGAUACUCCACUCAACAAGAUCCGACUGUCUCGCGGAUUACACAAUAAUAGGAAAAAGGAAUUCGCCCUCUAACUUCCGUGAAGUUUCAUCUCGUUUUUUGCGAAACUCGUUCCAAACUCGUUCGGCUCCCACAGAGGGGCUCACGACAAUUCCAUGUACUUCUCUAAAUAAAAAAAAUGAAGUAGAGCGCGCGAAAGAAAGAAUAAUUAUAUAAGAUAAAUAAAUAAAUAAAUAAAUAAAUAAGAAUAAAUAAAUAAAUAAAUAUAUGAAUAUAUUGAAAGGAAAUAUAUACAAGGGAGAAGCUAGAGUGGCCAAUUAUAGCAGUAACCGUCGAUCCACGCAUUACGGCGUGAUUGGUUCUCGAGACGCGCGAUUUCUUCGGACUCGAAGGCGACUCCAUGUCGGUGAGAAAAAAGUAAGAAUUCCGUAAACGUGACAGAUAUUAUGGAUAUGCAGGCGCGAACAUAUGAGUGAACGAACGAGUGAACGAGAGAGAGAGAGAGAGAGCAAGAGAGAGCGCAUGAGUAUGAAAGAUACACGGGAAUAAGCGAGCGCGAGAGAAACAAAAGAGUCAGCCACGCUAAAGCUACUACGACCACUACCCUAGAUAGAUUACGCUACUUUGCUGCUGAUCUAAUUGUUUACUGUCACGUGUUGCUGUAAACCUAAACCUAACUAUACGAUAUUAUAUAUAUUUUAUUUAUAUAACUUAAUCGAGACUGUAUUUAUUGUAAAUAGUCACGAUGUUUGCUAUGAUAUGAUAUAAUAUAUCUGUAAUUGGAUGGAACCUGCCUGAAACUGCGCCCAACCCUAUUCCCCCUCGCAAUUAUAUAUCCGUGACACACACACACACACACACAUACACGCGCGCGCGCGCGCGCAUGCACGACGCACGCACGCACGCACGCACAUACAUACAUGCGAUACGGUACAGAGAGGGAGUGGACACUCGCACGACACGCGCACACACUAAUCAUACGUACACGUACACGCGAAUAUAAAUACGCGUACACCGCGCAUAAUACGCAGUGUCGAUUUACCGCGCAGACGUUUUUAGCGAUAACUUAGAGACGACAAACGGAGAGAAAAAGACACAUGUAUCCGCGCGCGCGCGCGUUGAAUUAUCAUUCACGUCAAUAUUUCGUAUCGUAUUGACAGGCCGGUCGACUUGAUGUGAAACGCUUGCGAAGUAUUGCGCUCUAUUUUAUUAUAGAGGAAAAGAAAAGGGAAAAACGAGGGAGAGAAGAGGACUUAUAUCCCCUUAUAUUCGAUUAAGCCCAAUUCGGACUCUUCGGAGAACGAGAAAGUGUUGAACGAUGGUCAAACGAGUAUUGGUUGAACGAAUAAUUUUAUAAAUGUAUUUUUUCGCCCCUGCGUGGUAUGUGUGCGUGUUUAUCUGUGUGCAUGUGUGUGUAUAUAUGUGUAUGCGCGCACGCGCGCGCGUAUGCGUGUGUGUGUAUGCGUGUGUGUAUAUGUGUUCGUGUAGUGUACAUGUCGCACGCGUAUGUAUGAUAUGUGUGUCGCGCGCGCGCGCGCGCGUAUGCUAAGAACACUUCCCCCGAUUCGAUGAUCAUCGUAGAAGUGCCGGAGAGAAUGAGAGUGAUAGGAAAAAAAUGAGGGAAUAAGCGAGAGAGAGAAUGAGUGAGCGAAUGAGAGAGAUAGAGGAAGGGGUAGAAGAAGGGAGGAGAGAGAGAGAGAGAGAGAGAGAAUAAUUUAUGGAUUUUCCACUUGAACCACUGCCACGCAGCAGACAGCGUCACGACCCAACCAGCAUGUCCAAUAAACUUACAAUAUUGCUAUCUUAAGUACAAUAUAUUAAGUGUUUUCAGAAAAUAUAUGAUCUAUAUAUGAUAAUAAAAAACGGGAAAAUGUUC